GCGCAGUAUUGCUGGCUCUGCUCUCCCUUUUCUGAGGUGUGGUGGUUAAAUAACUCAGCCGGGCCUGCGCCUGUGCGCCGAGCUGAGCCCUGGUGGUAGUUAAAUAACUUCCAUUUACUAAGCGCCAGCUGUGCGAAAAACGCUACACAGUACCUUAAGCCUCACAGUUCUUGUGAGAGUACAUACUAUUUUAAUCUUUAGGGGACCAAGAUGUCUGAUCCAAACGAAGCUGCCAUUUCAGCAGAAAAGGAGGCUCUGAAGUUGAAGUUACCACCCAUUGUCUACCCUCCAGAAAACCUAUAUGCUGUCACACCAAAACAAAUAAAGCUACUAAAGUACAGAAGAUCCAAGGAGCAGCAGAACAAAAUUAAUAAGUUAGUAAUUGAUAGAGCCAAAAUAAAUCUAGACAGAACACUGAAUAAAAGAAUACCUCCAUUACCAGAGCCUGAUUAUCCUUCAACUAUGACCAGUGAUGUUAAAAAAAAAGGAUUGAACUAUAAUUACAUGAAGCAGUGUGUGGAAAGUAGUCCUAUCGUGCCUAUUCAGCAGGAAUGGCUGGAUCACAUGCUAAUGCUGAUACCUGAGCCUUUAAAAGAAGGGAAAGAAAGAGAAGAAGUGCUUGAAUGCCUCAUAAAUGAGGUGUCAAGUGACUUUGAAAAAAGCAUGAAGAGAUGUUUGGUGCAGAGUGUUCUUGUGAAACCGCCAGUUAAAUGGCUUGAAGAUGGUGGAUCCCCUUUACCUGAAUCCCCUGUAGGACUAGAUUAUUCCAAUCCUUGGCAUUGUAGCUAUGUGAAGGCAAGGAAUCAAAUAUUAUCUACUUUGCACAUUGUUCAUCCAACUAUGAAAAUGUUACUGGACAUUGGUUAUACAACAUUUACUGAUACAGUUUUGCUGGACUUUACAGGAAUUAGAGCUAAAGGCGCAAUUGAUUGUGAAACACUGAAAAAUGAUCUAUCAAUUCAAGCUAAAAAGGCAGAAGAAAAGAUAAUGAACACAUGGUAUCCAAAGGUUAUAAAUCUCUUUACCAAGAAGGAAGCACUAGAAGGCAUUAAGUCUGAAAAAUUGGAUGCAUUUUAUAACUGUGUUUCCACACUCAUGUCAAAUCAGAUAAAGGAUGUCUUAAGGAGAACUGUAGAAGGAUUUGUAAAACUGUUUGAUCCAAAAGAUCAACAAAAGCUGCCAAUAUUUAAGAUGGAAUUGACAUUUGAUGAUGAUAAAAUGGAAUUUUGUCCUACUUUUCAAGAUUUGGAAGAUGUUAUUUUAGGUUUGGUAGAGCGAAUAGCUGAAGUUCUGCAGAACAUCCAAACAGUACCCUCUUGGUUAUCAGGAACUUCAACACCUGUAAAUCUUGACACAGAACUUCCCGAACAUGUGUUACAGUGGGCUCUUAAUACCCUGAAGGUGGCAGUACAUCAGAACUUAGAAGGUGCAAGAAAACAUUAUGAGACAUAUGUUGAAAAAUAUAAUUGGCUCCUUGAUGGGACUGCAGUUGAGAUGAUAGAGGCUUUUCAGGCAGAGGAUCAUACUUUUGAUGAAUAUACAGAGUUUAUAGAAAAAUUUUUCAGUCUUGCUUCAGAAAUAAUGCUUUUGCCUCAGUGGGUUCAUUACCCUAUGGUCCGUUUGGAUUGUGAAGAUUUGAAGACAGGUCUGACAAAUAAAGCAAAAGCCUUUGCGAACAUGUUAUUAAAUGACAUAGCUUCAAAACAUAGAAAAGAAAAUGAAUGUAUUUGCAGUGAAUUUGAAGCAAUUAAGGAGCGUGCUUUAAAAGUCCCCGAGACUACAGAAGAGAUGAUGGAUCUGAUAGCUUAUGUAGAAAAAGCUCGGACUGUAAGAAUUCAAGAAUUGGCUUUAAGGAUUCAGGAAUCUAAACAUCAGAUGAGCUACUUUUUAGAUACUUUAAUAUUUCCUCAAGAAGCCUUAACUUUAAAUGCAAAUGUUCUCCUGUGGCCCAAGAAGAUUAAUCCUAUCUUUGAUGAAAAUGAUGAGCUUAUUGAGAAUGCUAAACAUAAAAGAGAAAAUGAACUAGUAGCUAAGAGAGAGAAACUGAUUUUGGAAGUAGAAAAAGAAUCACGUCGUAUGGAAGAAUUUACAGAAUUUGCAGAACUGGAACGCAUGCAACAGUAUGUGACAGAUGUAAGACAACUACAAAAACAUAUUCAGGAAUCUGAAGAAGCAGUUCAGUUUAUUAAUAAAGAAGAGGAACUAUUCAAAUGGGAAUUAACAAAAUAUCCUGAACUGGAUAACUUAAAAAAUAACAUUGAACCCUAUCAGAAGUUUUUUAAUCUUGUUUUGAAGUGGCAGCGAGCAGAAAAACGGUGGAUGGAUGGAGGGUUUUUGGACCUCAAUGGGGAAAGCAUGGAAGCUGAUGUAGAUGAGUUUUCCCGAGAAAUUUUCAAGACACUGAAAUUUUUCCAAAUGAAGCAUAAAAAAGAAUUACAAGAAAGAAGAAAGGCCACAAGAAAACGAUCUGUGACAGAAGAGAUACCUGAAGAAGAACCAAAAGAGAAUCCUACAAUUACUAUGUGCAGUAUAAUAAUGGAGCAAAUAAAGGCUUUCAAGGACUAUAUUCCUACUGUCUCCAUUCUGUGCAAUCCAGGAAUGAGAGCUCGUCACUGGAAACAGAUGUCAGAAAUUGUAGGCUAUGACUUGACUCCAGACUCUGGAACUACACUGAGAAAAGUUUUAAAAUUAAACCUUACUCCAUACUUGGAUAAAUUUGAAGUGAUAAGUUCAGGUGCAAGCAAGGAAUUUUCUUUAGAGAAAGGCAUGCAUACAAUGAUCGGAACUUGGGAUGCUAUUUCUUUUCAUAUAAGUCUGUAUCGUGAUACUGGAGUCUAUAUUCUUUCUACAGUAGAUGAGAUUCAAGCAAUCCUUGACGAUCAGCUUAUAAAAACUCAGACAAUGAGAGGCUCGCCUUUUAUCAAGCCAUUUGAAAAAGAGAUCAAGGCCUGGGAGGACCAUCUGAUUCGAAUACAAGAAACAAUUGAUGAAUGGUUAAAAGUACAAGCUCAGUGGCUCUACUUAGAGCCCAUCUUUUAUUCUGAGGACAUUAUGCAACAGAUGCCAGAAGAAGGAUGUCAGUUUCAUACAGUAGACAGACACUGGAGAGAUAUUAUGAAAUUUUGUGCAAAAGAUCCAAAGGUUCUUGCUGCUACUUCUUUAACAGGUUUAUUGGAAAAACUGCAGACCUGUAAUGACCUUUUGGAGAAAAUUUUGAAAGGACUUACUGCGUAUCUUGAAAAGAAACGUCUUUUUUUCCCUCGUUUUUUCUUCUUAUCCAAUGAUGAAAUGUUAGAAAUUUUGUCAGAGACCAAAGAUCCACAUAGAGUUCAGCCUCAUUUAAAAAAGUGCUUUGAGGGCAUUGCUAAGUUGGAGUUCCUUCCCAGUUUGGACAUUAAGGCCAUGUAUAGCUCUGAAGGUGAGCGAGUGGAGCUGAUUGAACUUAUUUCCACAUCUGCAGCACGAGGUGCUGUAGAAAAGUGGCUCAUUCAAGUAGAAGAUCUAAUGCUCCGAAGUAUUCAUGAUGUGAUUGCAGCAGCCAGUUGCCUGUGUGUGUGUGUGUGUGUGUGUUGUGUUUUCCCAGUUAAUCAUAGAUUUCUUUUCAUUAUAUUCUUUUCUUUGCAGAUAGGUGCCUUCUAUUUAAACCUUGGAGGUGCUCCAGAAGGGCCAGCAGGCACAGGAAAAACUGAAACUACAAAGGACUUGGCCAAAGCUCUUGCUGUACAGUGUGUGGUGUUCAAUUGUUCAGACGGGUUAGAUUAUCUAGCAAUGGGAAAGUUUUUUAAAGGAUUGGCUUCUUCCGGUGCUUGGGCUUGCUUUGAUGAAUUUAAUCGUAUUGAGUUGGAAGUGUUGUCAGUGGUAGCUCAACAGAUCCUUUGCAUUCAGAGAGCCAUUCAACAGAAGUUGGAAGUGUUUGUUUUUGAAGGGACAGAACUUAAACUCAAUCCAAACUGUUUUGUAGCUAUAACCAUGAAUCCUGGCUAUGCAGGACGUUCUGAAUUACCAGAUAACCUUAAGGUUCUUUUUAGAACAGUAGCUAUGAUGGUUCCAAACUAUGCCCUUAUAGCAGAAAUCUCCCUCUAUUCCUACGGAUUUUUGAAUGCAAAACCUCUCUCUGUGAAGAUAGUGAUGACCUAUAGACUUUGCUCAGAGCAGCUCUCAUCACAGUUUCAUUACGACUAUGGAAUGCGAGCAGUAAAAGCAGUCUUAGUGGCUGCUGGCAACCUAAAACUAAAAUAUCCCAAUGAAAAUGAGGAUAUCCUGCUUCUUCGAUCAAUUAAAGAUGUAAAUGAACCAAAAUUCUUAUCACAUGACAUACCCUUAUUUAAUGGAAUAACUAGUGACUUAUUUCCUGGAAUCAAACUUCCUGAAGCUGACUAUAAUGACUUUUUGAAAUGUGCUUAUGAAGCCUGCAGUGCACAUAAUCUUCAGCCUGUUAAAUUUUUUCUUGAAAAAAUGAUUCAGACAUAUGAGAUGAUGAUUGUUAGACAUGGUUUUAUGUUAGUAGGAGAGCCUUUUGCUGCCAAGACAAAAGUUCUGCAUGUUCUGGCCGAUACUUUAACUCUGAUGAAUGAAUAUGGAUAUGGAGAGGAAGAAAAGGUCAUUUAUAGGACUGUAAAUCCCAAAUCAAUUACUAUGGGCCAACUUUUUGGGCAGUUUGACCCAGUGUCUCAUGAGUGGACUGAUGGUAUUGUGGCAAACACUUUUAGAGAAUUUGCCUUAUCAGAAACACCUGACCGGAAAUGGGUUGUAUUUGAUGGUCCUGUUGACACUUUGUGGAUAGAGAGUAUGAACACAGUGCUGGAUGACAAUAAAAAGCUUUGUCUUAUGAGUGGAGAAAUCAUUCAGAUGUCCCCUCAAAUGAGUCUCAUCUUUGAAACAAUGGACCUUUCCCAGGCCUCACCUGCCACUGUAAGUCGUUGUGGCAUGAUUUAUUUGGAGCCCUCACAGUUAGGAUGGGAACCACUCGUGUCUUCAUGGUUGAAUUCACUCAAAGAACCUUUAUGUGAACCAGAACACCAAGCUCUUCUGAGAGGACUUUUUGACUGGUUAAUAAUACCUUCUUUAAAGUUUCGUAAGAAAAAUUGCAAGGAACUGUUUCCUACAAGCAAUAGCAAUGUGGUUGUAUCUCUUACACGCCUCUUUGAAGUACUGCUCUGUAAUGUGGUAGAAAAUGAUCCUACUAGCAAGCACAUUCGUGUUUGGAUUAUGGCUUGCUUUAUAUUCUCUUUAAUUUGGUCCAUUGGAGGAAGUUGUGAUACAGAUGGUCGUCUUUGUUUUGAUACUUUCAUACGAUUAAUCAUAAUGGGGAAAAAUGAAGAAAACCCAGUACCAGCCUGUGUGGGUAAAUGGGAAUGCCAAUUUGAUGAAAAAGGCCUGGUCUAUGACUACAUGUAUGAGUUGAAAAACCGAGGUCGCUGGCUCCAUUGGAAUGAGUUAAUUAAAAGUACUAAUUUAGAAGAUAAACAUGUCAAUAGCCAAGAUAUCAUAGUUCCUACAAUGGAUACAAUUAGAUAUACAUUCCUUAUGGAUUUGAAUAUUACCUCUACAAAGCCACUGCUCUUUGUGGGUCCAACGGGUACAGGAAAAUCAGUGUAUGUGAAGGAUAAGCUAAUGAAUCACUUGGAAAAGGAUCGGUACUUUCCUUUUUAUAUUAAUUUCUCUGCACGGACCAGUGCCAAUCAGGUUCAGAAUAUUAUUAUGGCCAGAUUGGAUAAAAGGCGCAAAGGAGUUUUUGGACCACCUAUGGGAAAGAAAUGUGUAAUUUUUAUAGAUGAUAUGAAUAUGCCGGCACUGGAGAAAUAUGGAGCUCAACCUCCUGUUGAAUUAUUACGACAGUUUUUCGACUGUGGACAUUGGUAUGACCUUAAGGACACAAGUAAAAUCACACUGAUUGAUAUACAGCUGAUAGCUGCCAUGGGUCCUCCAGGUGGUGGAAGAAAUCCAGUCACUCCCCGCUUUAUUCGACAUUUCAACAUUUGCACUAUUAAUCCUUUUAGUGAUGAAACUAUGGUCCGAAUCUUCUCAUCAAUUGUGGCAUUUCACCUUAACGUUCAUGCAUUUUCUCCAGAGUAUUUUUCAAUUGGGAACCAAAUAGUCAGUGGGACAAUGGAGGUAUAUAAACAAUCCAUGGAAAAUCUUUUGCCCACUCCCACAAAAUCUCAUUAUACUUUCAACUUGCGUGAUUUUUCACGUGUUAUCCGGGGCUGUUUACUCAUCAAAAGACAUGCUGUAGAGAACAAGCAAACUAUGAUCCGUCUGUUUGUGCAUGAGGUUCUCCGAGUGUUUUAUGAUCGUCUCAUUAAUGAUGAUGAUCGAAAGUGGCUCUUCAAAUUAAUUAAAACUGUUACAAAGGACCAUUUUAAGGAAUCAUUUGAUAGUAUCUUUUUACAUCUGAGGAAAGAGAAUAAACCAACAACUGAAGAAGACUUAAGAAAUCUCAUGUUUGGUGAUUAUAUGAAUCCUGACCUUGAAGGAGAUGAUAGAGUUUAUAUUGAAAUUACAAAUAUCCACCAUUUUAAUGACAUUGUAGACCAAUGCUUAGAUGAAUAUAACCAAACUCACAAAACAAGAAUGAAUCUUGUCGUGUUUAGGUAUGUUUUGGAACAUUUAUCAAGAAUAUGUAGAAUUCUGAAGCAGUCUGGUGGAAAUGCUUUGCUUGUUGGACUUGGAGGAAGUGGCCGUCAAUCUUUAACUCGUCUGGCUACAUCCAUGGCAAAAAUGCAGAUUUUCCAACCAGAAAUUUCCAAGAGUUAUGGAAUGAAUGAAUGGAGAGAUGAUAUGAAGGGUCUCUUGAAAAAUGUGGGUGUGCAAGGCCAGAAGACAGUUUUCCUAAUCACAGACACUCAGAUUAAAGAAGAAGCUUUUCUAGAAGAUAUUGACAGUGUACUCAAUACUGGAGAAGUGCCUAACAUUUUUGCACCAGAUGAAAAACAAGAAGUGAUGGAGGGUGUUCGCCCAGUAGCUCAGGCUGGCAAUAAACAUGAUGAACUCAGUCCCUUAGCCCUGUUUGCUUUCUUUGUGAAUCGCUGCAAAGAUAAUCUUCAUAUUGUAGUGGCCUUUAGCCCCACUGGAGAUGCCUUUCGAAAUCGCUUGAGACAGUUCCCAUCUCUCAUCAAUUGCUGUACCAUUGAUUGGUUUCAGCCAUGGCCCGAAGAUGCUCUUGAACUUGUAGCUGUGAAAUUCUUAGAAACACUGGAGCUUACUGAGGUUGAACGACGAGAGGUAGUUCCAGUCUGUAAACACUUCCACACCUCCAUUAUGGAUCUUUCAGACAGGUUCUUGAGUGAGUUAGAACGACAUAACUAUGUUACUGCUACUUCUUACCUUGAACUUAUUGGCUCCUUUCGACAACUUUUGACUAAGAAGCGACAAGCUAUUAUGGAAGCAAAGCAACGAUAUGUAAAUGGACUAGACAAAUUAGCUUUUGCUGAGUCCCAGGUUGGUGAAAUGAAAAUGGAGCUUAUUCAAUUACAACCCAAGCUGGAGGAAGCUAAAAUUGAAAAUGCACAGAUGAUGCAGGUUAUUGAGAUUGAAUCUGCGCAAGUAGAAGCAAAAAGAAAAUUUGUGAAAUUAGAUGAAGAGAUAGCCAGUGGAAAGGCUGAAGAGGCCCAAGCUCUAAAAAAUGAGUGUGAAAGUGACCUCGCUGAGGCGAUCCCAGCCUUGGAAGCAGCUCUGUCUGCACUGGAUACACUUAAGCCAGCUGAUAUUACCAUUGUGAAAUCAAUGAAGAAUCCUCCAUCUGGUGUUAAGCUAGUUAUGGCUGCUAUUUGUGUCAUGAAAGAUAUAAAACCAGAAAAAAUUUUAGAUCCUGCAGGAACUGGAGGCAAGAUAUUAGAUUACUGGGGACCUAGCAAAAAACUUCUGGGAGAUAUGAAUUUCUUAAGAGAUUUGAAAGAAUAUGACAAGGACAACAUUCCAGUGGCUGUUAUGCAGAAGAUUCGUGGUGAAUACUUGACAAACCCUGAAUUUGAUCCGCCUAAGGUUGCUAAAGCCUCUUCUGCAGCCGAGGGUCUGUGUAAGUGGAUAAUGGCUAUGGAAGUGUAUGACAGAGUUGCAAAGGUUGUGGCUCCUAAAAAAGCUCGCUUAGCACAAGCUCAGAAAUCUUUAGCUGAAACAAUGGAGCUUUUGAAUGAAAAGAGAGCAGAACUGGCAGAAGUAGAACAUCAUUUGGAGAAUUUACAAAAGACGUUUCUUGAGAAAACAGAGGAAAAGGCUGCUUUAGAAGAUCAGGUGGAACUUUGUGCUAAGAAACUUCAAAGGGCUUCACAACUAAUCGGAGGACUGGGUGGAGAAAAAUCAAGAUGGGCUCAAGCUGCAGAUGAUCUUCAGAUAACAUAUGAAAAUUUAACUGGUGAUGUCUUAGUAUCAGCAGGAGUAAUAGCCUACCUUGGUGCUUUCACUUCUGGCUUCCGACACACGUGUACUAAAGAUUGGAGCAUGUUGUGCAAGGAGAAAAAAAUCCCAUGUUCAGAGGAGUUCUCCUUAAGUAAGACCCUGGGUGAUCCGGUAAAAAUUAGAGCCUGGAAUAUUGCUGGAUUACCAACAGAUACAUUCUCUAUAGAUAAUGGAGUGAUUGUUGAUAACUCUAGACGCUGGCCUUUAAUGAUUGACCCCCAGGGUCAAGCCAAUAAGUGGAUCAAAAACUCUGAGAAAGAAAAUCAGCUUAGUGUUAUUAAGUUAUCAGAUUCAGAUUAUAUGAGAACUUUGGAAAACUGUAUUCAAUUUGGAACUCCACUUCUAUUAGAAAAUGUUGGUGAAGAACUGGAUCCCUCUUUGGAGCCCUUACUGCUUAGACAAACUUUUAAACAAGGAGGCAUUGAUUGCAUCCGACUUGGUGAAGUCAUUAUUGAGUAUUCCUUUGAUUUCAAGUUUUAUAUUACUACAAAACUGAGAAAUCCACACUACAUGCCAGAGCUAGCUACAAAAGUAUCUUUGCUCAAUUUUAUGAUAACUCCAGAAGGACUUGAAGAUCAAUUGCUGGGUAUUGUUGUUGCAAAGGAAAGACCAGAAUUAGAAGAAGAACGAAAUGCUCUUAUUCUUCAGUCUGCAGCUAAUAAGAAGCAACUAAAAGAUAUAGAGACAAAAAUUUUAGAAACAUUAUCAUCUUCAGAAGGGAACAUUUUAGAAGAUGAAAGUGCAAUUCAAGUUUUAGACUCUGCCAAAAUUAUGUCCAAUGAGAUAACAAAAAAACAGCAGGUGAAAAUAGAAAUAUUGGCUAAAAAGGAGAUUGAAUACCAGGAACUGAUGUUUCUUUUGACUGGAGGAGUAAGUCUUAAGAGUGCUGAGAAAAAUCCUGAUCCAACUUGGCUACAGGAUAAAAGCUGGGAGGAAAUUUGUCGAGCAAGUGAAUUUCCUGCCUUCAAAGGAUUCAGGAAACAUUUUUGUGAAUAUAUAUAUGAAUGGCGGGAAAUCUAUGACAGUAAAGAGCCACACAAUGCAAAAUUUCCAGCACCAAUGGAUAAGAAGCUAAAUGAACUACAGAAAAUAAUAAUUCUUCGGUGUUUAAGACCAGAUAAGAUAACUCCAGCUAUAACAAAUUAUGUAACUGACAAAUUAGGGAAAAAGUUUGUGGAGCCUCCACCAUUUGAUUUGGCGAAGAGUUAUUUGGAUUCCAACUGUACUACUCCCUUAAUUUUUGUGCUGUCUCCAGGAGCAGAUCCUAUGGCCAGCCUGCUGAAAUUUGCAAAUGAUAAAUCUAUGACUGGAAAUAAGUUUCAAGCUAUUUCACUGGGACAGGGACAAGGACCAAUUGCAACAAAAAUGAUUAAAGCAGCAGUAGAAGAAGGAACUUGGGUUUGCCUACAGAAUUGUCACCUUGCUGUCUCCUGGAUGCCCACGUUGGAAAAACUAUGUGAAGAUUUUUCCCCCAAAACCUGUAACUCAUCCUUUAGGCUUUGGCUCACAAGUUAUCCAUCUCCAAAAUUCCCAGUAACAAUUCUACAGAAUGGAGUAAAAAUGACCAAUGAACCUCCCACCGGUCUGCGGCUAAAUCUUCUUCAAUCAUAUCUCACUGAUCCAGUUUCUGAUGUUCACUUUUUUAAGGGAUGCCCAGGAAAAGAACAGGCAUGGGAGAAGUUGCUGUUUGGAGUUUGUUUUUUUCAUGCCCUUGUACAAGAGAGAAAAAAAUUUGGUCCUCUUGGUUGGAAUAUCCCAUAUGGAUUUAAUGAAUCCGAUUUACGCAUCAGUAUCCGGCAACUACAGCUAUUUAUAAAUGAAUAUGAUACAGUUCCAUUUGAAGCUAUCUCUUACCUGACUGGAGAGUGUAAUUAUGGAGGAAGAGUAACAGAUGAUUGGGAUAGACGCCUCCUGUUAACCAUGCUGGCUGACUUUUACAACAUACACAUAACUGAAAACCCUCAUUAUAAGUUUUCUCCCAGUGGAAACUAUUUUGCACCUCCCAAGGGCACUUAUGAGGACUAUAUUGAAUUCAUUAAGCUUCCAGAGGAUUUUGACAUUGAAAUAGCAUUGCUGAAGUAUCCUGUGAGAUAUGAAGAGAGCAUGAAUACUGUGUUAGUACAAGAAAUGGAACGAUUUAACAAGAAGAAAAAGACAGAGUAUGCAUUAACUCCUGUGGACUGGUAUGACUCCGGAAAACCCUGUGUGUUUUGGCUCUCAGGUUUCUUUUUCACCCAAGCCUUUUUAACUGGAGCUAUGCAGAAUUAUGCCAGAAAAUACACCAUCCCUAUUGAUUUACUAGGAUAUGAAUUUGAGGUGAUUCCUUCUGAUACAUCUGACACAGCACCAGAAGAUGGUGUUUACAUACAUGGAUUGUAUCUUGAUGGAGCACGCUGGGACAGAGCAAGUGGCUUGCUUGCUGAACAAUAUCACAAACUUCUGUUUGACCUGAUGCCCAUCAUAUGGAUGAAACCAUCACAUAAGUCCAAGAUUAUGAAGUCAGAUGCCUAUAUCUGUCCACUGUACAAGACAAGUGAACGUAAAGGAACUCUUUCCACUACAGGACAUUCUACUAACUUUGUCAUUGCAGUGUUGCUAAAAACAGACCUACCCAUUCAGCACUGGAUCAAGCGUGGUGUUGCUCUGCUUUGUCAGCUGGAUGACUAAACUGGACAAAUUAGAAAGUACCUGAAAAUUUUAAAAUAUUGUUUCUACUUACUUAAAAAAUUAUAAAACCAGAUAAAUUGAUGUCAUUCUUUUAAAUGGUCUUUGUGAAAGGUCUUUGCAUUCAUUGGUCUCCUCUCCAAUACACCACUCUUGAUGGAAAUUUGGCCUUCUAACCAUUUUUUUAACAUCAGAGUCAGACACCAGUGGAAGAAAGUGUGAAAAGAAGUGUUACUUUGAAGCAUGUGAAAAAAAAUCUGAAGCUUUUAGUUUUAGUUUGAUAUGUAUGUAAAAAAGAUUGUGGAGGGGGUCUGGGAUUUAGCUCACUGGUGCCACAACUGCCUUACAAGUGCAAGGUAAUGAGUUUGAUCCCCAGUAGGGGGCGGGGGUAGAGAUGGGACACAGAUUGUGGGGAUCAAAUGGAUAAAAUUUAGCUACUACUAGAAAAUUAUUUUUCACUAAUGUUAAAUCAUUUCUUCACUUUCAGUAGUAUUUCACUUUCUACUCACCUACCUAAAGUUAUGGGUCAUGAACAUUUUACAUACCUACAGAAAUUAUAAAUAAAGAAAAUAUUAAAACAA